AAUCGCAAUCCAUCUUCCAAUUCCCUCAAAGCCUCUGAGAUCCUCCAAUAACACAAAAUCUUCAAUUCCACUUCUCUAUCUUCUAUCCUCCUUCAAGCCAAACACAACCAUCACAAUGACCAAGCACAAGACCGACAAGUGCUCUGCCACCGUCCGCGUCCCUCCUAUGGGCAUCCACAAUGUCUCCCAAGUCGUUGCCUUCACCAACGACCACUCAAAAACCGUCAGCUACCAGAAGUGCUGCGGUGCCAACAACGACCUCGUCAUCUACAACAAGAACUGCUUCAAGUACUGCGACACCCCAACCAACCAGACCGAGGUCCUCGCGUGCAUCAAGGACGCCGGCGUGACCAAGGUCGCCGCCUACAACAGCAGCCAAGAGUCCAACGACGACACCUCGGCUGCCAUUCCUGUCUCGACCAACAUGAUGUCCAAGACGGCCAUCGGGCUGGCGGCCAUGAUGGUCUUCAGCAUGGCUGUCGGAACGCUAUAGAUCAGUCAAUUGGGUAGCGGUGUUUGGUUUUUCUUAGCGG